UCUGCCUCCCCGGUACUGAUGCCUUUCCUCUGGUCAAGGUUGCACUUGCAGUAAUCGCAGUAGGACGCGACUGGAGCUCCGUUUACGCGCAAACAGAGCAGAAGACUAAUCAGCCGAGACUCUCCGCUGUAACUUGUUUGUGUUUGCACUCCACAGAGGAAUCUCUCACCUCACAGAAGCAGCCAUGGAUGAAAUGGAGGAAGAGUUGAAAUGCCCUGUUUGCGGCUCUUUUUACCGGGAGCCCAUCAUACUGCCGUGCUCCCACAACAUUUGCCUGGCUUGUGCUCGGAAUAUCCUUGUGCAGACCCCCGACGCCGAGUCCCCACAGAGCAGCCGAGCCUCCGGAUCCGGCGUCUCCGACUAUGAUUAUCUGGAUUUGGAUAAAAUGAGUUUGUACAGUGAGGCGGACAGUGGAUACGGUUCCUAUGGAGGGUUCGUCAGCGCUCCGACCACCCCUUGCCAAAAAUCACCGAACGGGGUGCGAGUUUUCCCCCCGACUGUCCCCCAGCCUCCUCCGCAGCAGCAGCACCUGCUACCGCAGCCCGGCUCUUUGCCCCCGAUCCCCCGCAACUCCUGCAUCACUUGCCCACAGUGUCACCGCAGCCUCAUCUUGGACGACCGGGGGCUCCGCGGAUUCCCCAAGAACCGGGUGCUGGAGGGGGUUGUGGACAGGUAUCAGCAGAGCAAAGCGGCCGCUCUCAAGUGUCAGCUCUGCGAGAAGAGUCCGAAGGAGGCCACCGUGAUGUGCGAGCAGUGCGACGUCUUCUACUGUGACCCUUGCCGCCUGAGGUGCCAUCCUCCCCGCGGUCCCCUCGCCAAGCAUCGCCUGGUGCCGCCAGCGCAGGGGCGGAUAAGUCGCCGCACGAGUCCCCGCAAAAUCUCCACUUGCACAGAACACGAACUGGAGAACCUAAGCAUGUACUGUGUACAGUGUAAGACGCCUGUGUGUUAUCAGUGUUUGGAAGAAGGAAAACACGGCACACACGAAGUCAAGGCUUUGGGCGCAAUGUGGAAACUGCACAAGGGUCAGCUGUCUCAAGCUCUCAACGGCCUGUCAGACCGAGCCACUGAGGCCAAGGAGUUCCUGGUUCAGCUGAGGAACAUGGUGCAGCACAUCCAGGAGAACGGAGUGGAGUUUGAGGCCUGUUUGGUGGCGCAGUGCGACGCCCUCAUCGAUGCCUUGAACCGACGCAAGGCCCAGCUGCUGUCUCGAGUAAACAAAGAGCACGAACACAAACUGAAGGUGGUUCGGGAUCAGAUCUCCCACUGUACGGUGAAGCUGCGUCAGACCACAGGGCUGAUGGAAUACUGUUUGGAGGUUAUCAAGGAGAAUGACCCCAGUGGUUUCCUGCAGAUCUCCGAUGCUUUGAUCCGGAGGGUCCACAUGACAGAGGGCCAGUGGGGGAAAGGAACCCUCACCCCCAGGAUGACCAGCGACUUUGACCUCACUCUAGACAGUGGACCCCUACUCCAGACGAUCCACCAGCUCGACUUUGUCCAGAUGAAAGUCCCAGCUGCUCCUAUGCUCCAGCUGGAGGAAUGCUGCACUCAGAACAACAGCGCCACGUUGUCAUGGAAACAGCCACCGCUCUCCACCAUCGCAGUGGACGGAUACAUCCUGGAGCUGGACGAUGGAAACGGGGGGCCAUUCAGAGAAGUGUACGUGGGGACGGAGACCAUCUGCACAGUGGACGGGCUCCACUUCAACAGCACAUACAGGUCCAGAGUGAAGGCCUUUAAUGCCAGUGGAGUGGGCCAGUACAGCAAGACACUGAUCAUGCAGACCUCUGAGACUGGACUCCCUCCAUGCGAUAUUCAGUCUAUAGGCACAGUUGCUUGGUUCACCUUCGACCCAGCCUCCGCUCACCCGGACAUCAUCCUCUCCAACGACAACCUCACGGUGACGUGCAACAGCUACGACGACAGGGUGGUCAUGGGCAACUCUGCCUUCUCCCGCGGCGUUCAUUACUGGGAAAUGACCAUCGAUCGCUAUGACAACCAUCCAGACCCGGCCUUUGGGGUCGCCCGCGGUGACGUCCUGAAGGAUGUGAUGCUGGGGAAGGACGACAAGGCCUGGGCCAUGUACGUUGACAACAACCGCUCCUGGUUCAUGCACAACAACUCACACACCAACAGUUCAUUUCUCUGUGUGUGGCCGUGCAGGACGGAUGGUGGCAUCGGUAAAGGAUCUACAAUAGGAGUGCUGCUGGACUUCUCUCGCGGGAUCAUUAUCUUCCUCAUCAAUGAUGAGCAGCAGGGUCCGGUGGCUUUUGAAGGCUUGGAGGGCGUCUAUUACCCCGCUAUCAGCAUCAACCGAAAUGUCCAGGUUACACUUCACACUGGACUUCCCAUCCCUGAUUUCUACACUCCCGGGGAGGCAGAUCCCACUGGCUCCGUGUGCUAAAGACUCACCACCACGACACCGGUUGCAGAAAACCUGUCCAGGAUUUCCCAGGGUUCGUCCUGCCGGUCAAUAACUAUGAUCCCACCCUCACCCUCCCCACCUCCUCUUGUCCCCCUGACCGACUGACCCCAUGACUCUCCGUAAGAGGCCCCAUCCAGCGCUGAGCCAUGCCUUUAUCAUGCCUAAACCUUGGACACAUGGACCAUCUGCAGGACAAUGUCAAAAUGUACAGUGCUUUGCAAUCUGUACCUUGUAUUUUGACGUGAUACAGAUAGCUGAAGGAGGGGAAAUUGAAAAAUAAUUGUGGAUUGGAAUUAUGUGCAGUGACUAUAAUGUGAACUUAAAGGAAUAGUCUGACAGUUUUGACUGGAAAAUACGCUCAUUUGCUUUCUUGCAGAGAAAGGAUUCAAACCAUUCUCGUGUCUGUAUGCUAAAUAUGAAGCUAGUGGUUGGUUAGCCUAGUUUAGCAUAAUGACUGGAAGUUCAAAAGUAUGUCUACCAACAUCUCUACAAGAGCAUAAAUUUAAGAACGACAUAUGGUUUUACAAGCACAAAAAACUCUGUAUUUAAAAGAUAAAACAUGUUAAGUUAGUGAUUUUUUUAGUUAGUGAUGAGGAUGCAUGGUGUUUACUUCCUGAUAUUUUAUUUUUUAAUAUCUACAUUCAGACUUUUGUCAUCUUUGUACACAGCUGUUUCCAGUCAUUUAGCUAAGCUAAGCUAACCGCCUGCUGGCUGCUGUAGCUUCAUAUUUAGCAUAAAGAAGACCUUAUCUAAUCUAACAAAGGCAAAUAAGCAUAUUUCCUACAAAACUGAACUGUUGCUUUAAAGGAAGGUGGUUGUUUUUGUAGAUGAGUUAGAAAAUGUAGCCCCCGUCAUACCAUCAACGUAUGGUUCAGUAUUCUUCAUUCUUAUCUUACUUUCUUAAAAACAAAAAACUAUUUACAACAAAUAUUCUAUAUAUUUCUUUUCCUGCCAUUAGUCAUAAACAUCCUUACACAUUUAAAACACCAGGGGGAGCAUGAGAGGUGGUCCUUUUUGUGUAUUUGUGUGAAUGUGUGAGAGAGUGGGGGUGGAUGGGUUGAGACUGGUCAGCAGCUGCAAAGAUCCCUGGACGAGAGCAAUAGUCCAACUCUCAGCCGCUUCACUGUCGUAUCCUCGUCCGUGUACAUGAGACGCUUUUCUUAGUGGCUUAGCUCAUGUGAACCUUCUGUAUCGUCUGUAAGAAAAAAUAAUAAUACAGCAUCGGCGUAUAAAAUGCUACUGGAAGCGAGGCCUUCAUGCAGCCUUUCUCUGCGGUGCAGCUCUCAAAACAGGAGGGAUGGAUUUUGGUUUAAUGUAUCAUAAAAGCAGGCGAUUCUGCGCAUUGAGUGUUGAAAAUGGGUUAAAGAUGAUGACUGUGAAGCUGCUUGAAUAAGGUGCUACAGCAGCUCGCUUCAUUCUGGCUUUUUUUACUGUAGGUGACUGAAUCCUGGUAGUUUUGUAAUAUUGUUAUUGAAAUGAUCUAUUGCAAAGAGGUGUAUAGCUAAAUAAGUUAUUGAUGUUUGGAGUUUUUCAAUGAGAACUCAUCAUUGUUCCUUUAUUUGAUGUAUAGUUAUUACAGAAGGGAAGAAACUGAAUCUUUUUGUCGCUUUAAAAAUGUAGUUUGGAGUUUGUUCUUGAACUGAAGAGGAUUUACAGUCAUCAUGAGAACCAGUUUAUGUCCUCCUAAAGCAACAGGAAGGGUGAUGAUGCACUGAGAUGGUUUUUGUGGCGGUGAAUUUGGGCAGCAGCUUCCUCAACGGGCAACAACAUGAGACAGAAGACUAAGCCAUGCUAGCAGCUAUGUGAUGCUCUACCUAGGUAAAGCAGUUUUUUGAUCUAUAAUGUUAAUUGUCAGUUAACACUAAACACAACCUACAGCUGAGACCGAUGUUAAUGCCAUUGGUUUUGCAGGGACAAAUUGAAAUAUUGAGCUGACAAUGGAGCUAAAUAAAAAAAAUAAAAAAAAUCAAGUUAUUACAGUUCAUCCUGAUGGGGACAUGAAUGGCUGAGCCAAAUAUCAUGGCAGUCCAUUCACUAGUUAUCAAGAUAUUCCACUGAAAACCACAAAUGUGUGGAUCACCAAAGUCCAAAAAGAUUCACCUUCUGACCAUGAAUGUUUGCGCAAAAUGUUGUGCCACUCCAACUGGUAGAUAUUGAGACAUUUCACAGUAUGAGGGACGACUUUGAGCUUCUGCUGGGGCUUUAAAAUCAGGGGGCCCAGGAGAAGUCAUCUUCUGUACCAGAUUUCAUGGCAAUCCAUCUAAUUAGACAUGUCGCUAAUGAAAAGUCAGAGGAUCCUGUAAUUUUCUUAUUCCUCUUGUGUUUGGGACCAUUACGUGUCAAAUUCAGAUAUUUCAGUCUGGACCAACUGCUAAACAUUGCUCUGCCUAAAAAAUGCUUCCUGGCAGCAGUAACUGAAAUAAAAAUGUUAGUUUGAGGGAACUGUUGCCCUUCAAGUUGCCCAUAAAUAUUCCCUGUGCAUCGUUGGCCUGAGACAUACAGUACAUGUCUAGCAUUCGCAUAAGGUGCUAUCCUGUGUUUGAGCUUCAUGGGUGUGCCUUUUUCCCCUCUUCAGUACCCAAAAGAUUUAUGAAACUUUGCUACAAACUAGAUUAAUGGCUUCAGCAGAGUCAACUGUAACAUCUGUGAUGCCUGACUUCACCUGCUGCUACAUAUUUUUUCUAUCGGCAAAAGGGCAAACUCAACAAUAAUCAUGUUUGUUAUGGAUAUAAUAACCACAGUAUUGAAGGGAAUAUUACAGUCAGGUAUGGCAAGCUGUCUUUCUUAACUUUCUAAAUAUUUUUUUUUCCUCUUUUCUCUUCCCCCGGGGUAAUAUUGAUUGUAAAUUAUCUGGGACUGAUGGAUGCUCACAUGGAUGCUAAAAUGGCUGCACACAGUAAACUAUAUAAUUUUCAGUAUGAUAUGUGCAUGUGUGCUGACGAUGAUAAACCAAAUUACUGCAGCGUUCAGCAAGUUGCACGGCCUUUGCUGCGAGGCUAGGUUCAAGCUUUGAUUCAUGCAACAUUUAAUUGACGGUUUUUCAAGGUAAGCCUUUUGUCCGAGCUGUAAUUAUAAAACUAGACUACAAAGAAAGUCCAUUCAGCAGUGGGUCACUGAGUGGCGAGAGCUUCUUUUGACUCAUACAGACACAAGUGCAGCCAUUAUCACAGCAUUAUACAACCUCAGAUUCCAGGACAAAUAAACAAAAUGGCUUUAAUUUAGCAAAACAGUUCACCAGAGGGUUGUCCAGUAGGAGAUGACACACAUGUCUGUUACUUUUCAACACAAAUGAUCUUCUCAUGGAACAUUUUCUGUGUGAACGUGUUGUUUUAUGAACUUAUUUGAUUGAAAAAUAACAAACGUGUGUUUCUGUGCUGGACACACAAGGGUGCUGACAUUAAAAAGUGUGUGAUUGUAAUAUUUAUUAUUUCUAAACCAGCCAAAUACACUUCAAUGAUAAUAAACAAGCCCCCGGGGAUUAUUUAGAUAUCGUACAGCCUCGUCAAACUUUUAUGAAUUAAUAAAAACUUAGCACAGUCGCUGGGCGACACUGGGUGUUAUAUCUCCAAAUGUACAUACAUACAGUAUGUGUGUGUGACUGACUGUUAGUGUGUGUGUGAGAGUGUGUCUUACCUGCAUUAUAACCUCAUUUUAACUCCAAAGUGAUUUGUUUGAUCCGAGGUGGAAUGUCAUUACUCGAUAUUAUUAUUUACAGUGAUCCUGAAAUAUGUCUAUGGAGAAUUUUAUGAAUAUAAAAUGAACAUUGUUCUUACUAUGAUUUUAACACAGUAUGAUUAUUAUGAUUGUUAUGAUUAUAUGUCUAUCAUUACCAUAUUACUGCUAUUAUUAUGAUGAUCUGAAGUGUAAUGAGCCUCUGUGUUUUUUGUAUGUGUGAAUAUUCAAUAAAUAGGUGUCAACAAGG